GAUAAUAUAAGUAGGCAUUAAGAAUACACUAAGUAGGCAUUGGUCUUUAAUGGACUGGACUUGAGGUACGUGUCUCAAGACUAGCCGUUAUAAAAAUAAGAAUAUGACACAUAGUGAUUUUUAGCCCAGCCCAAAGCAAAAAAGCUAUAAUCAAUUUAGACCCCACAGGCAGAUAAUAAUUAUUGUUAUACAAAAAAAAUAUUUGAUGCGAAACAGAUAAACAAAGUUGAGUGAAAGGUGGGAAAUACUCUACCACAUCCUCAUUCAAACAAAAAUGGUUGCAGUAAAGUUUAUCCAAACAUCAUUCAACACUACCAGGAACUUCCAUCAUUCAAAUCUCCAUACAAUAACCUUAAAGAAGCUCUACACUUAUCCACUAUGCCGGUCCAUGUCCAACGAAUCGAAUUCCCAAAGUUCCCAGCCGGAGGGAGACCCGAAAAAACAAGAACUACUUGCCAGAAUAGCAAUGCUUCAAGCUCAAAAGCUCCGACUCACCGACUACUUGGAUGAGCGAUCAGCGUAUUUGACGCAGUUCGCUGAGGAAGCCAGCGCUGAAAUAGACGCUAUUGGUGAAAAUGCGUUGAAGGAUCUUGAUGAAGCCAGUGCUCGGAUUAUGGAGAAUAUCGAAAGCAAAAUGCAAGAGUUUGAGGAAUCGUCAGAGAUGAACAAAGAGGAGAUUGCACAGCGAGAUAAGGAGUUGGCGGAUUUUGAAGGUGAAAUUCAGAAAGGUCGAAAUGAAGGAUUGUUCUUUCAGAGCCUGCAAGAUAAAAAACCGAUUGAAAAAGCUAAGGCUAUGGAGGAAACAAACAAGAUUACUGCUGUUAUUAAAGAUACAGCUGCGUCAAAGACAAGGAGAAAUAUAUACCUUGUAUUGAUUGGCCUUGUGGCUAUUGGUAUUGCUGAUUCGUAUAUUGCUUCGUCUCCAGACUGGCGAAAAAUUGCUGUCCUCAGUGCAGUAUUUGUAGGACUGCUCAGCCAAUUCAUCUACGAGCAGAAUUUUUUGAAUGAAAGCGAGAAGAAAGAAAAUGAGAAAAGAUGAAUGUCAUCUAUAUAACAUGAUACAUGAUGCAAACAGUUCUCAUCCUCAGAUUUGAAAGCGCAUGCUAAGCUUGUAGUUCUAUACCACGAAAACAUUUCGUACCAAGCAUAACUUUUGUUCUUGAUGUACAGAGUGUACAGAUAUAUAUCAAUUGCUUUUGGAUGUACAAAAAUGUGAGAUAUAUAUAUAUAUAUAUAUA